AAAAACUAAAUGAAGUUGUCUAUGAUUCAUUUACGGUGAAGGGAGGAGGGACGAUUUCGCUUCGUUGUCGCCCAAAUUAUAAUUUCAUGGUGAUUUGUGAUAAAAUCUUCGUAUGUGGAUUGAAAUAAGUGACGUUAUUUGGUGCUUUAUUUGUGUGUGAAUUGAAUCAACAUCAGUAUUAUAAAGAGCAGCUCAUAAUGACAUUACGUUGUAAUACAUUAAGAAGCCAUUAGGGUAUCAGCGGUCGAGUUUAGAAAUGAUAAGAAGACCACAGCAGACAUGGACGGCGUGAAGAAAAUACAUUCUGGAACACUGUAUCGCAACGGCCCCGUGGAGGGCGCGUACGGCCCGCAACACAGUCCGGUGUCGCGGUCUGACGCCUCCACUGAGGACGCUGAGCUGUCGGCGGCGCUCGCCCACCAGCAUCACCUAGCUAUGCAGGCUGGUGAAUACCCGGUAGUGGGGGCGGGCGUGGAGCCCGACUACGGACAGUACGUGUCCUCGCCGGCGGCGCACUACAAUCACAUGGGACACCUCACCAUGGCGCCUUCGCAGAAAUACCCUCACGUAAUGGACUCAGUAUCAGUGAGCGGGGGAGGCAGCUACGCGGGCGCUGGUGGUGCCGGCCACUACGGCACGUACGGGCACUACGGCACGGCGGCAUACCAGCCGCAGACGGCAUACAUGGUGGACACGGCGCAAGUGCCGCAGUAUAUGGGACAGGAAUACGUGGAAGGUGGAGGCAGCGCUUCGCCCCGCAGCGCGUCCCCGGGUGCUCUGCCACAACACAAUUUACAUUUACAACAAAGGUACGACUCAGCGUCACUGGAACAGCUAGGCCGGCACUACUGCGUGACGUCACCGCGCGGGGAGUACGCGCCCGACGCGUACGGCUACCAGCACUACCCCACCGCGUACGAGCCGCCGCAUCAGCCGCCGCCUUUUAAGGACUCACAAAAUGGCCUAAGCCUAGGCAGCGCCGGCGGCCAGUCGAUGUACGGCGACGAAGAAGAACUACAGAAACAGAUGGCCAACAUGGCUCUAGUGCACGGCAGCGUCGGCGGCCGCGAAGAGACCGGAGGCCUACAAUGGCGGGAUCCCAACCUACCCGAAGUCAUAGGCUUCCUCAACUCCCCGUCAGACGUCGUGAAGGCGAACGCAGCGGCUUAUCUACAGCACCUCACCUAUAUGGACGAUCCUAACAAACAGAAGACUCGGAGUUUAGGUGGCAUCCCCCCGCUAGUUCGGCUUGUAUCGCACGAGAACCCAGAAGUAUGCCGCAACGCUUGUGGCGCACUACGCAACCUGUCGUACGGGCGACAAAACGACGAGAACAAACGCGCCAUACGCGACGCCGCCGGCAUCCCCGCGCUCAUGGCGCUGCUGUGCCGCGCCACUGAUAUGGAGGUAAAAGAGCUAGUAACAGGCGUAAUCUGGAACAUGUCUUCGUGCGAGGAUCUGAAGCAGUCCAUCAUUGAUGAUGCGGCGCAAGUGAUCGUCAACAAAGUCAUUAUACCGCACUCCGGGUGGCAUCCGACUAACCCUGGCGAUACCUAUUGGUCUACUGUAUUCCGCAACGCAUCCGGCGUCCUACGCAACGCGUCAUCAGCGGGCGAGUACGCGCGGCGCCGCCUGCGCUGCCUGGCCGGCCUCACCGAGGCGCUGCUGCACGCCGUCCGCGCCGCGCUGCAGGCCAACGCCAUCGGCACCAAGAUCGUCGAGAACUGCGUCUGCGUGCUGCGGAACCUCUCCUACAGAUGUCAAGAGAUAGAAGACCCGCUAUACGACACACGAGCGCCUCCCACACAGUCAUCGGGACAGGCGAGGAUACAAGCCAGUGCUUCUAAAGGCGAAAACCUGGGCUGCUUCGGCGGCAGUAAAAAGAAGAAGGAAGGUUCAUCAUCAUCGAACUCGACGAGCCCGCUCGGCAAGAGCGAGCCCGACACGCAGCCGCUCGGCGACACCAACAGCACACAGCUCGGCUACUCCGUGCCUAAAGGCACUGAGAUGCUCUGGUCUCCUGAGGUGGUACCCCUAUACAUGGCUUUACUGCAGACCUGUUCCAACCCUGAAACCCUGGAAGCGGCAGCAGGAGCCUUGCAGAACCUCGCCGCUUGCUAUUGGCAGCCCUCCAUCGAUAUACGUGCUGCCGUCAGGAAAGAGAAAGGUUUACCCAUUCUGGUGGAACUUCUUCGAAUGGAGGUGGAUCGCGUGGUGUGUGCCGUGGCCACUGCUCUGAGGAAUCUGGCUAUAGACCAGAGGAAUAAGGAGCUCAUUGGAAAGUAUGCCAUGAGGGAUCUGGUGCAGAAGCUGCCCAGUGGAAAUCAUCAGCAUGACCAGGGCACAUCAGACGACACUAUAGCAGCAGUACUAGCUACCCUGAACGAGGUGAUCAAGAAAAGCGGCGAGUUCUCCCGCUCGCUGCUGGAGGCGGGCGGCGUGGAGCGGCUGCUCAACCUCACCAAGCAGCGCCAUCGACACACACCCAGGGUGCUCAAGUUCGCAGGCCAAGUGCUGAUGACGAUGUGGUCGCACGCGGAGCUGCGCGAGGUGUACCGCAAGCACGGCUGGCGCGAGGCUGACUUCCUGACUCCCGCCCGAGCCGCCCAGCCUCGACAACCUUCUACUGCUAGCGGUCAGGGCACGCCGAGCGCCGGCGCGGGGGCUCCGCACUCGCCCAGCAACGCCAACAGCACGCUCAGCCGCCCCAUGGCCAGCACCGGCGGCACGCGCUACGAGGACCGCACCAUUCGCAGGCAUCGGGAGAACGAUGAUAUACCAGCGAUGGAGGUGAACAACUACCACGACGGUCUCGGCAUGGGCAACCCGAACGGGAGGCCGAUGAACCUCCAAGGUGUGCAAGCGCAGAUGCCCAUGCCUCCUAGCAGUCGUUAGCCAGACGGCGCGAUGUCACGGUGAAUUUUAACGUUUUACUGGUGGUAUGCUGUCCCUUUUUUAUCGUAACUUUACUAUAAAAAAAUAAUUGAAGUGAGAACCUCUCUUUUUUUGAAGUCGGUUAAAAUUAUUUGGUUUCAAAGAAGGUAAAGAAUGGCUGAAACACAGUGGCAUUAAUUAAAUAUAAAUGGGUGUAAUGUAGUCAGUCUCAUACUGAUUUUUGAGUAUUUAUAUUUAAUAAAACCUUGAAUUCGUUUUGUUGAUAUUGUAGUCAAGAACUAACAAAAUGGGAUUACAAAGUUCUGUGAUUACAAUAUUUUGAGCCAAAGUGUGAUAGAAAAGGACAGCAGUACAAAAUCAGUAUUACAUUAAUUUUAAUCGCCAAGAGAAAAUAAAAUUGAUAGAAAAGUUUCAAUCAAUGAAAUCAAGGAUCAAGAUUUCUGUGCUGCGUUCACACUUGAAAAUGACGAAAGGAUAUUAUAAGAAUACCUUGAAGAUAUGUACUUGUGUACUAAAAACGAGUGUGAACACAGCACAAAGUCUUAAACAUAAUGAUUUUGUAUAUCUUAUCUGUCUACUGUGCUUAGGUAGAUUGACGUCGUGAGAAUUUUCACAUGGCAAUAUUAUUAUUUUUUUACGCUGGCAAGUUUUGGUUGUGUAACGUUUUUGUAUUUAAGGAAUAAGAACAGUAUUAUCGUUGUUGUGACAAGAAAGUUGUUUUUUAUAAUAUCAGAUUUUUUUAUACGUGAAAUUCUCACGGUGUCAAUAGAGUACUGAAUUUUUGUAUUUAUUAUGGUAUGAGAGGUAACAUGCACAAGCAUUUAUGUUAAAUAAUCAUUUAAAUGUAGUGGUCGCUCGUUUGAUGUGGUAUACGCUGUUUCUACGUUCAUUUUGUACAGUCAUCGACAAAAUCAAGUCACACAUGAUUCGUUUUCAACAUUUUUAAAUUACUUCAGACUUGACGGAGUAAGUGGCAUAUAGAUCCAACUUCUACUAUAAAUUGAUAUGAAAAAAGUAGUCUUUAUACACUUUACUGCCUGUAAAUUGACUGCCAAGUACAUGUAAGAAGAAAACUGUAAUACCAAGUUGAUUAUUGUGAAGCAUAUUACAGUUAUCUUUUUUCGAUUCUUCCUUCUCCAAACUUGUUGUGAUUGACUGUACAUUAAACAUUAAUUAGCCUUGAGGCCUAAAGUUUAAUCAUCGCAUUCGGAUGUACGUUUUAUACAAUUAUAUUAUUGCCAUUAUGAUUUGUAAAGAUAUCAUGUCAAUUCCCUAUGUAAAUAGUCGUGCCAUUUCUGUAUUUAUAAUAAUAUAAAUCUUAAAAGGGUUUUUCUGUAGGUGUGUUGUGUAUUUUCUAUUUAAAAGUUGAGGCUCACCGUCAUUGGAACCGAUUUGUUUUGUUGAACAAUACAUUUGGUGAUUUUGUAGAAUAUUCUGGAAUUAAAAUGACCGGGUUACACUCUCCUACUAGAAAAAACUAGAAAAUGUAGUUUUACUGAUAGAAAAAUUAUCAAUCACUCGAUUUAUUUUCCUCGGUCUUAAAAUCGAUUGUGGCAGCUUACAACCGAGUAUUCGAAACAUGAAAUUGAACAACAAAACAAAUCAAACAUGAUCUAUACUAAUAUAACCAUUUAUACCUAAAGACGUCACCAACGUUUUACAUUGAUACAUUUCAAAUAUUCGGGAUUUGAACAUAAUUGUUAUUAUUUAUGAGGAUUAGUUUAGAUACGCUCGGAAUCUGUAAUUUUUCUAAUUAAAGGUUUCGCAGUAAGGUCUUAUAGUAUUUAAUGAUAAUUAUAGAAGUUUUGUAAUAUUUUGUAUCCAUUCCAAACCUACGGUAAUGUAAUAUAGACGUCUAUUGUCCUCUAUGGUAAGUAAUAUCCGUCUUAUAUAUAGCGUUAAGAUGCGUAUUCUUGGGGCGUUCGCGUUUUAUUUGUAUAUGUUUUUUAAUUAUUGUGCAAUGGGCUAAAAGUGACAUCUUUGUUAUGGACAUAUUAGCGAAAAUACUGACACAUGUGUGGUUCCAGUUAAUAGGAGUGAAAAGUAGUGUUGUGAAAGGAUUUAUCGAUGAUUUUGGUCUGGUGUUGUAAAUGUUUAUAUUUCAGUCUAGACCGAUAGGUGUAUAUGUAUCUGGCAGCACAGUAAAUUUAAUCGAUAUCGAUAAAUCGCUACUACUCUUCAGAAGUAUUUCACUAUUUCGUUAUAAGAUAGGCUCGAAGUGUCUUCAUAGAUGUCACUCUCAGUUCACAAAUAUACAACAGUUUUACUGAUUACAAAGUUACAAUCAUUUGUAGAUAAUAAUUACGUUGCAUUCCUUUAAGCAUGACAGUUAUAUAAAGGGGACCGCUAUUAAAUACCCUCGUAAUUUGCAAACCAAUACCAAGAAAAUAUUUAUGUAAUUAUAGACUUUAUUCCUAUAGUACUUAUGGCAGUUAUCGCGUGACAGCUCACGGUCUAAGCGAAUAUACCCAUGACCACGAAAAUUGUGAACGACGACAGCUUUAAAACAUUAAUAUUUCGGUUCGUUUCCCUCCGUUUUUGAUUUUAAUCGUUAGUGUAACUAUUUAUUUUACAUUACCUUGUAAGAUUAUAUAUUUUGUAGGUAUAAUAAAUAAGGGUUUUGUGAGAAAGCUAAAUGUUUUUUUGGGAAUAUAUUUUAUGCACAAUAAUGCAUUUUGAUACGUCCGCGGCAGGAUAAUGUUGACUGACUAACCUGGUACAAAACUAACCUCACCCAGUGCAUUAGAAUGUUUUAAGUACCCACGUUACGUAUGUAAGUUUUUGUAUGAUAUUUUUUAUUAUAAAAUGUAAGCAAAUGUACAAGAAUGUUUUCAUUACAAUAUGCUUGCCACGGCGUCGUCGCUUCUAUGAAGCGAACAUUUUUAAUGUAAUUUCCGCAUAAAAAGCUUACUUUGAUUGUGUUCGAGUUUGACUAGAUGUAAGUAUAUUAUUUACGCAACAUUUUAUAAUUUUAUUUAUCGUGUCUUUAGACGGCAAAUUAGUAAAUUGUAGGCAUUAUUAGAUAUAUUGUUUAUAUUAUAUAUCUAUUAAUAUUAAUGUCUAUAUUAAAUUUUACAGGAAUCAUCCUUAAUUAGGCUUUGUAUAGUUGUAUGGAUUUUACUGUAUGAGCUGUCUUGUAUCGUUUAUGUACUUCCACUUCACAGAAAAAGAUCUCUAGAUGUUUCCAAAUUUUAUUUUUAAGACGUAUAGUUUCACCAUUAUGUCGGGCGUCUUAGCGCUUAUGUUUGCUGAGCCCGUGACGUCGGCAACGCAUCAAUACAGCCUUGAACAGUGACGUCACAUAAACACAUUAUAAAUUGACAACUGAUGAGUUGAUGACGCCACGAGUCAGCAAACGGCGAGUCUUAGUGUUAAACCACAAGUAAAGUAUAUUAACGUCUAUGGUCAACCAUAGGUUAUAGUUGUUGGAACAGUAAUACUCGAUUAUUUAUAUUUUAUUUAAAAUUUUAUAUUGAGAAAAAUAAUUAAUAUUUAACGAGAUCGUCUGCGUUUGUCGUUGCGACAGUUUAGUAGUUAAAUAUAAUGAUAGUUUGUCUUAUGUCCGUUGUAUGUAGUUUAAUAGAGCAUUAUUCUCUUACAUAAAGAUACCUUAUCAUUAAACAAAUUAUAUUAUCAAAGAGAAUUAAAUGAAUGAUUUUUUUA